AUGAACAAUAGUUUGUGUGUGUCUGUUGUUCUAUUCCUCUUUGCUAGCCACUCAGUUCAGGUUCUCGCAGAAGCUGGCAAUUCAGAGGGGAUAAGCAUUGAUUGUGGAGUAACCCAAGCAAGUUGGGACGAGAAUAACUUUUAUUAUGAGGCAGAUGAUGGAAAUGUGGUAGAAUCAGGCAAAGUGCAUAAUGUAUCUUCUAAAUAUAUGCUUAAUGAUACACAAGAACAGGCAUGGAAGCAGUUAAACACUUUAAGAAGCUUUCCUGAAGGGAAAAGAAAUUGUUAUAUCCUGAAACCCAUACAAGGCAAAGGCAACAACUAUCUCGUUAGAGCUUACUACAUGUAUGGAAAUUAUGACCUCAACAAUUCAGUCCCUUCCUUCCAAUUCCAGCUUGGCGUCAAUUUCUGGACUGACACUGAUCUCGACAGUACCGAGAUUGGUUUCAUUGAACGAAUGGAGAUCAUUCAUGUUUCUUCAACCGACAACAUUUAUGUCUGUCUUAUCAACACUGGCAACGGAGCUCCUUUCAUUUCGUUGUUGGAAGUUUGGCCUCUUACCAAUUCUAUAUAUCGAACCACUUCCAAUUCAUUGCCCCUAGACCUCAUGGCCCGCUUUAAUCUGGGAAUGUCUGAAGGAGAUUCUAGUUUCAUCAGGUACCCGGAUGACAUCUAUGGCAGGUCUUGGCUCAAUCCGCAGAUUGAAAACUCAGAGAGAAUCAAUGCAUCAGAAACGAUUCACAGUGAUGAAACUGACUACAAGCUGCCAAAUGAAGUAUUGAGCACUGCAAUCCAAUCACAGAAAGGCUACUCUUCCUUAUUUAUCGACUUGUCAGAUUACGAUGCAGAGUAUGAAUAUUACGUGUACCUUCAUUUUUUUGACUUCUUGGAGCAUCCGCAAAAUCAGCUAAGAAAGAUGGACAUUGCUUUCAAUACGGACCGACUGUCUGUAACUCUUAAAUAUCAGGAGCUCCAGACCAUACGGUGGAUAAUUCCAAAGGGGCUCGGUCUAAAUAAUAUUUCAAUUACAAGCUCCCCAGGUUCUAGCUUGCCACCCAUGAUCAAUGCUCUAGAGAUCUUCAGGGUACUACUCCAACCAAAUGCACCAACUCAUGAACGAGAUGGCAAGUAAAUUUAUUGUUUUCUUCUAUUUCUAUAUCGUUCUGGUCUACUCUCUUAAGUUGGUCUCU